UACAAGUUGUCUCCCCUCACAUUUUUCCGGAUACAAACAACUUCGUGACCGGACGUGUUAUCUGUGGAAAUUAUUUCGUACCAUUCUCUAAGAUAAACUUGAUGGUAAUCUAAAUCAUAAUGCCGAGAGGAAGAAAAAACAGGAGGAAAGGAAACGGCUCAAAUGGUAAUAAUAGUUCUGGUUCUCAGCAGCCUUCUGCAGAGCCAACAGAGCCAUCUGGUGAAGAAACAGAAAACCCAACUACAGUCACUGAUGUAGAAAUUGCUGGCAGUUCUGGUGCUGAUGUUUCAGCGACACCAGUUUUAGAAAAUCGGGAUUCUGAUGGUCAAGUUGAAAAUUCUGCUGCUUCUUUAGCAAGUGACAUUGAAGCGCUCAUCAGUGAUUAUGGACGAAGACUACAGCUGUUGUCCGAUCAUAAAGGACAUCUCCUGCAAACUUCCCAGAAUCUGAGAGCAGAGUUUGAUGAACGACUGGAUAAAUUACAACAGGAACUUACAGACAGAGUCCAUCAGAAUGUUAGAGAGCAAAGGAAUCAGAUACAAGCAAAGAUGGAACAAUGUCUCUCCAUGAAGUCUGAAAUGGAGGCUGCCAGAGCGUCAACAGAGGCAGCGUUAGCUUCAGAUGACCCGGUCCAGGUUAUUACUUCUUACCAGCGAGGAAUUGAAGCAGUCAAACAGAGUAAGAAUGUCAUUGAGGAAAUGAAACAGUCACAUGAGACUGUUAGAAUCACUCAUGAAUUUGACGUUAACUCUGAAGACUUCAUGAGCGACGGUUUGACUCUGGGGACAAUUAAAGUCACCAGGACGAAGGAAGGAUUUCCUGAACUUCCGAUUGAUUCUGAUCCUUCUGAAGUAUAAAUCAAAUACUCUGUACCAACACAACAGUCAAUUUUAUAUUAGUCAUACUGACUUAUAUACAAGUCGAAAACAGGUCAAAGUUCAACAGAUCAAAUCCUUGUUGAACGAGUCUGACAAUUAAUAGCCCCAUUUGUCUGAUGUAGACACGCCAGACAAAUGGCCAUUUCUGAAUUAAGACCAAGAAAAUUUUGUUGUGUGUGUUUAGGUGUUGUAAGUAUGUACACUGCUUAGUUCUUAGUGUCUGUUUUAAUAUUAGUUGGAGCUUAAAAUGGACGGACUAUUAUACCAGGAACUUAAGCUUGUGGUCUUCAAAGUCCACGAUUGGUGAAGUACUUGAAACUUGUACUAAAUUAUAACAUAUCUGUUGAUUAACCCAUAGACCCCUAUCCUUAGGCUCCCAUAAAUUAGGGUAGAUAUGGAUGGUCGGAUGGCACAUUGGCAACACAUAUUUAGGUCGUUUUCGUUUUUGCGGUCCAAACGGUUAGACCACUUGGACCGGUGUUAUUCGUUUAUGUAACAAUGACGGACCUGGUGAUUUUAUAUUGUUUUCAGACGAGCCUUGACAAAGACUCCCAAGGCCUGUAUUAACAUUUGCAGGUCCGUCAAGAUAUAUGUUUGUAAUAUUACAUUUAAAAACUGACAAACCGGUUUGUCCGCAUAAACGAACAGGCCCUUACUUUUCACCUAGGCGACCAGGGUUCGAUUCCCUGAUCAGAAGUGAAAAGGGAUCAUAUGGAGGUCACCUGCCCAACCACAUGGGUUUUCUCUGGGUAUUCCGGUUUCCCCCCACAGCAAGACCCCUCUGGCUCAACAGGAGUGAUUCAUAUAAGUUGAUAGAAAUUGUUUCCCAAUUGCUGCAAAAUGUUGUUGACCAUAGUAUGGUUUAAAAAUGUAUAAUGUAUGGACCACUUCAUUUGCCAUUUUUGUAUCUGAUAAGCUUUGGUUUGCAAAUAUCAAUCGCAAGGCUUUCAUAAGAACAUCUAUCCAUCUAACAUAUUCCAGCAAGUUUUUUUUCCUUUCCAUGAAAUGGAUUAUCACAUUAUCUUAUCUCUGUCUAACAAUGGUCAUUGUUUAGACUUUGUGUUAAGGUCUGUUUUUGUCAGUAAUUUGUUUAUAUUUAUGAGUGGAUCAAGGAUCAUUUGGUGUCCCAACAUUGGUGUUAUGGAGUUAAAUUGUAAAUGCUCUUGAAAUUCUGUUUAUUUCUGACUUGAUUUAAAGUACUCACACAAUUCAUUGAUCAGAUUUAUAGGAUCUUGAUAUUUUGUUUCAGAAUAUCACAGUAAAAUCAAUUAUUGGUUACCAAUCCAAUUCUAGUUUAUUGAUGUACAAGAAAUUAUUUUUUAACACAAUACAACCCUUAUUAAAGAUUUUUAUAUAUCAAAAGGUUAUUAUGUUUAAAACAUAUUUAAUUGCAAUUUAUUAACAUAAUUUGUAUUUACAUUUUACAUAAUUUUUUUGUUUAUCAAGAAGAAUUGUGAAAUCCUUUUUACCUGUAAUCUUUGUUCAGAAAAAGGUGCAAUGGCCUGUAUCUGCUUGUGAAUCACUUUAUCCUUCUAAAACAGGAGGGGUUGGCAAGCAUGCUAUUUUAGGAACUUGUGAAGACAACAAAACAACAUACAGAUUAUGUAAGUCCCUUUAAUAAGAAUAAAUUAGAUGAGAAACAGACAUCAAUAAUAAAAUGUUACAUGUAUGGCAAGUGUUAAAAUAAGUUCUGAAGUAAAAUGUACAGGGAUUUGUCCCUGGUAUGUGUCAGUACUCUAACUACGGCACCAAAGUAAUAUACUUAUUACAGGAAUCCUGUACAAAUGUAAAUAUUACAGGAAGUAUGUAAUAAAUUAACUUAAGGAUUCCUCAAACUCUUCUUACAGGAAGUCUGUAAAAUUUUAAUUAUUACACGACGUCUGUUAAAUUUUAUUUCUUAUGGAAAAUUUCCAAAAUUCUAAUUCUUACAGGAAGUCUGUAAUAAUUUUAAUGAAUCCUGCCAGAAUGUUACUUCAUAUAGUGCUAAGUCUGACAAAAUCUGUUAAAUACCAUUUUUGGUCAUUUUGAUUUAUUCAGAUGUAAAAAUUAACCUUGUUUGCUUGAUAAAUUAUUUCAUUUUUAAAGACUUUAAUUAUUUAUUGAACAUCUUUAAGGAAUUCAUCUGAAUUGUAUACAUUAAUUGUCAGAGUAUAUAUGUAUAUAAAGUGUGUGUGUUUUAUGAUUUUCAUAGUUUAUGUUUUAAGUUGAUUUUGUGUUUUGUAUUUAAGUCCCUACAUAGGUACAUCAGAUUUUACAACUAAAAUUACAAACUUGUUAUACGUAUAUGUAUUGUUUAACACUUAUCAUCAAUAAAAGAGCUAUAAAAAGGCACAAAAUUUACCGACUUCCUUAAGUAUUUUCAUGAAUAUAUUGGAAUGGUUCUGCAUGCCAAUCGAUCAAUUUUCCAAAAUUGUGAAAUCUUCCAGAGAUCAUUGACGGACAUUAAAGUCCUGAAUUAAUUGGUCCCGACUCACCAUGUAGAGGGCUAGUAUUAUAGUAGAGGGCAUUUAUUAAACAAUUGUAACCCUGGUAAAUACUAGCCGCAAUAUACCGCUCGGCUAGAGAGAUUUCUUUAGCUCGAUCAGUUGUGCGUAAGACUAGUAUGCCAGAGGUUCCGGGUUCGAUCCCUAGCGGAGACAGUGAUUUAAAUUUAAUUAAUCCUGCGCUAUUACACAAUAAUAUCCCUUAUGUUGUAAAAUUUGUUUUUAUUGAUCAGAUUACACAGUAAAAUCUCAAUAGAACACUCCUCAUUUAAUUUAUCUCGCUUUCUAUGAUAAUAGUAGUAAUUGGUGGAAGAAAUACAAAUUUUUAUAACAUUAUGUAAUUGAGCUGUAAUGUAUGUACCAUGUUUACCAGGCAGUCAGCCCAUGUCUUGUAAUAAGCCCACCAAUAUAUCCAAUACUGUUCAGUAGAAUGAUGAAACAAAACAAUAUUUCAGUAUCUUGUAGUAAUUUUAUCGCCCGACUAAAUUUAUAUGAUGAAAGCUCCGAUUUUUCUUGCCAAACUUAGCAAUAAGAUAAUCAUGUCAGUACUUUUGAUGCAGGAUGUUUUAAAUUUGUUAUUUUGCUAAAUAAAAAAGAAUAAAAACAUCAAAUAUUAAAAGUUUUCCCUCGUAACAACCAAUGUAUUUAAUGGAUGUGAUACAAACAAUAUACAGAAAUGUAUUCAAGAUUGACUGGUACAAUUUUUGCAGUAACGAAUUUGAAGGAAAAUAUUGAAAUUUACAACCAUGUCCCAUGAAGAUAUUUCGGUUUUUUUGUCUGUAAAAUCUAACGAAACAAUAUCAUAGUUAAAAUAGCACAAAUACAUGUAUUACAAAAAAUCUGAUAUGAUUUUAAUUUCCCUGCUUGAAAUGUCUUGUGAACAUACUUAAAUACCAUGAAAUGUGUGAAGAAAUAUUGUAAAUACAAUGUAUAGAUAAUGAUACAUGGUCACCAGGAAGCAUUCGAUGAUGAAAAUUUCUUUCAUGACAUUAAACUGAAUACAAUAUUCUCAUACCAUAUUUAACCCCAAAUCAGCCCCUGUCCACAAAUAAACCUUCAGUUUGCAGAACCGUCAAUUUUAAAAUAGUAAGCUGAAAUUGGUUCAAAAAUAAGCUGUACCCAAACUUGAAUAUUAACUUUUUCAAUAAGGGAGGGAUAAAUAUCGUACUGAACUUUAACACUGAAGGAGGGGCUUAUUUGAGGAUAAAUACGGUACUAAACUUUAACACUGGAGGAGGGGCUUAUUUGAGGAUAAAUACAGUACUAAACUUUUACACUGGAGGAGGGGCUUACUUGAGGAUAAAUACAGUACUAAACUUUAACACUGGAGGAGGGGCUUAUUGGAGGAUAAAUAGAGUACUGAACUUUAACACUGGAGGAGGGGCUUAUUGGAGGAUAAAUACAGUAAAUUAAUAAUUUCUCAUGACCAAAGUUAGUCAAACAAUGAGUCUACUACAGUAUAUUUCCUGUUGUCACCCAAAUAUCACUGGUAUUAUCUAGGCAAAUGAAAUAUUGCGAGCAUUCAUGUUUAAUCUAGUGUCAGGAAAGUCAGUUUUACAAGAAUUAUUACAGUAUCACCAGUCUCUGGUGUUAAGUUAUACUUCAAAGAAACUACCGAAAAAAUUCCCAUCAUUCUGUACCAUUGUACAAUAAUACUUUCCAAUCCACAGCAAGCACCUGUCUUUUAAACUUUUAAAAGUGAGGUAAAAAUAUAUACACUGUAUUACGAAAUAAGAUGGUUCAUUAUUCGAACCAAACAGCAGCAUUAAUAUCUCUGUUGCUCCCUUUAUAAGCAAGGCGUAUACAUUAAAAGUCAAAUCUGAAGAUAUGUACAGUUUUGUGUAUAUAGUAACAAGUAUCUUCAUAACUAUGAUGAAACAAAUGCAUGAUGAGGAUCAGAGUUGAGAAAAAAACAACUGAAAAGACAAAAAAAAAAAAAAAUCUUUACAUUAAUGGUAAUUUGCUACGUCGCCGACAAGACUUUUUCAUAUUUUGUGCAAUGAAAAAAGCUACAUACUUCAUACUAUAACAACCCUCCACUUUUAAAUUUCAAUAGAAGAAACAAUUACCGUUAUCACAUUCUACCAUGAUCUGCCUCUAAAUUUUGUAAUUUUCAGCCUAUAAAGUGACUGUUUUUGUGCAUAAUUAUUUGUUUUAAUUUCUUUGUUUUAUCAAUAAUUAGAUAUAUUUAUAUAUCAUGCCUUUUAACGCAUUUUUGUGAAAAGUAGUGGUAACACUAUCGACAAUGUAGCAUCUUCUAACAUGUAUUUUAAUAUAUAUAAAAAAAAUAAAAGACUUUCUCAAUAGAGGAAAAUGAAUAUGAUUUUAUAAAAAUCAUCCAAAGUUCCCUAUUUAAGAUAAAACUUUACAUAUUUUGCCUAUCAAAUAUAUUUUACUUGGUAAGUUGACAAAAAAAAUAUCACAAGUUAAUCAGGUAGAUUUGACUUAAAAUACAACUAUACUGUGGCAGAUUAACUAGGACAAAAAUCAUUGUUCAUAACUAAGCAGCAGAUAUCGGUAAUAAAAUACAAUUUCAAAACGCUGUUUAAAAAGGACAGGUAUUUUAUUUUGAUAAGUUUGUGGAAGUCUGCUCAUAAAUUGAUUUAACAGGAUCAAUGUAUACUGGUAUAGCAACAUGUAUAACAGGCCUUGAACAUGCCAAAGCUAAUAUUUAUGUAUACUGACAGAUACUGAAAAUGAAACAUUCUUAAAAAAAA